ACCAAUCAAGUGAGAGAUUGAAAGGGUGGAGUUAUCCGAAGAGAGGCGGCCAAUCAACAAGGGGCUGAGGACCCUCGCAGGAAGUGACGUUUGACAGAAGCAGCGGAAAUCUGUUCUUGAUUGGUUGCGCCCUCAGGACCCGGAUAUUAUUAUUAUUUUAUUGUCAUUCUCGAGGGGAAAAGCCUGGGAAAAGAUGGAAGCUGUAGACAUCCAGCAAGACUGCCUUGGACUUUAUUGUGGACGAAUAGUAGAAAUUAUAAAUGGGACUGAUGUUCAUGGUGAAUGUGGGGUGUGUCCAAGAGGACAAAGAACAGACGCCCGCAAAAUCUGUCGGGAAUGUACUGGAACUCCAGAGCGCUACGACUGGCUUUAUCUUGGCUUUAUGGCAAUGCUUCCUCUAAUCUUGCAUUGGUUCUUCAUUGAGUGGUAUUCAGGGAAAAAGAGCUCCAGUGCUCUUUUCCAGCACAUCACUGCUCUAAUUGAAUGCAGUGUGGCUGCAAUUGUUACUUUACUUGUGAGCGACCCAAUUGGUUCCCUGCAAAUCCGUUCAUGCAAGGUGGUGAUGCUUUCUGACUGGUACACCAUGCUUUACAAUCCGAGUCCUGAUUACGUUACCACCAUUCACUGUACCCAUGAAGCCGUCUAUCCUCUCUACACCAUUGUAUUUAUAUAUUAUGCCUUCUGUUUGGUGCUGAUGAUGUUGCUCCGUCCCCUUUUGGUAAAGAAGAUCGCUUGUGGCCUGGGGAAGACUGAUCGGUUUAAGAGCAUUUAUGCAGCACUCUACUUUUUCCCAAUCCUAACUUUGCUCCAGGCAGUUGGAGGUGGUUUGCUGUACUAUGCCUUCCCUUACAUUAUCAUUGUUGCAUCUCUUGUUACUCUGGUUGUAUAUCUGUCUGCUUCUGAAAUAGAAACAUUCAAGGAUCUCCUUGUGAGGAAGAAAAGGCUUAUAGUCCUUUUCAGCCAUUGGCUGCUACAUGCCUAUGGAAUCAUCUCCAUUUCCAAGCUCAACAACAUUUACCAGGACUUGCCUCUGCUGGCUUUAGUCCCUGCACCAGCUCUGUUUUACCUGCUUACAGCAAAAUACACUGAACCUUCCCGGAUACUCUCUGAGGGAGCAAAUGGACGUUAACCGCACUUCUGCCUCUCUGGUUACACCGAGAAGAGCACUUUGAAUCAUCCCUUGUCUCUGCAUUGUAGCCCAUCUUUGGAGCUGAGCAAAGAAAAGGCAAUCCCAGAAACAGCUGCCAGAAAGCCUGAUGCCCAAAAAAGUUCUUAUUACCUUUUGUCGUUUGAGUUUGCUGAUCUCCUGUAUGGAAUGCUCAAUGGCCUUUUUUAGCAUGCGUUCUUCGUCUUGCAAUUCUUUUUGAAAAGAGGAAAAGAAGGACAUUGUGAAGGCUCAAACUCAUUGUUUUGGUUCAGUUUAUAUAAACUAUAAUUAGCAGCACUUAAAAGAAUCAGCUGAGAGAACAAAUAAUCAUCCCAGCGUGGUGCUAUUUAGUGAGUGUAUUUAUUUGACAGCAAUUGCUUGCUCCCCUCUAGCAAUGGUUCUCUGGUAGUAAAAGAAAAUAUUAAAAUCUACAGCAUAAAAUCUAGCAACAGUGGAUUAAAGCAAUGCAAUAGAUUGGAACCAAGUUUUGGCAUCUGCAACUAGGUUGGAAGAAUUGCAUUUCCCUGUCCUCCUUCCCAUGGCAGUCCUUCAGAAGUAAAGAGCAAGGAAAGGAAAAUAAACACCUAAAAUUAGGUGGAAUCAGAAGUCCAUUCAAGUGGAGAAAGGGAUAUCCUGGAGCCAACCAAUCCAAUCAAAGUCAUAGCAGCCUCAGACACAACAGAAAUCAAUAAUAUUACGAAAUCAUAUUAGGAUUUCCUUUUUCACAAUUCACCUGCAUUUCACAGUUGUGGUGAUCACCACUGAAAAGGACCCUUCUCUUUCAGUCACAUGCUUUGUUUAUUUUGGCAAUGUUACUUGCACUAGUCCUCCAAAAACAUUAGAAUACUAAUAGAUAUAUACGAGGAGGAGUGAUUUUUUAUGACCAAAUCCAAAGUAGGAUGGCCAUGGUUAGAGGCAGCACUUUCGGUUGGUCUAUAAGCCAGUAUAGAUGAUAAAAUUAUAGUUUAAUAUGGCAACACUGGUGAAAAAGCCCUUUGUGAACCACAAUGUAUUGGAGAAUCUCAAGUAUUGUGAAUUCUGUUGGAUGUGGUGGUCUCUUAGCUCCAGGGAUUCCUAGAGGAAUCUGAUUUUUAAGAUCCAUGUCAAUUCGGCUUUCAGCCUGAUUUGGGGAUGCUGAUGGUUAUGCUAAUCUCAGUAGGUGACUUAUGCUGGGACAAGGACAGGGGAGUGUGUCCUACUGGAUUUCAGGGACUGCUCAAUAGCCUGUGAUGCCAUUAACCACAGGCGAAUGCACGUAUUUGGGGCACGACUUGGAAGGAUUAAAUUAUGGCAGCUCUGUCUCUUUGUAGGAGGAGAAAUUCAGAAGGUAAUGCUGGGAAUUCAACACUGCACUUGCUGGUCUGUACUUCAAGAGAUUGGUUAAGACAUAUAAUUGUAAACAGUUGCUUUGAUCUUUUAAAAAUUAACCUGUUUUUAUCAUUCUACAUCACCUACAUAACCACAUCCGUUAUAUACAGUAGAGUCUCGCUUAUCCAACGUAAACGGGCCGGCAGAACGUUGGAUAAGCGAAUAUGUUGGAUAAUAAGGAGAGAUUAAGGAAAAGCCUAUUAAACAUCAAAUUAGGUUAUGAUUUUACAAAUUAAGCACCAAAACAUCAUGUUAUACAACAAAUCUGGCAGAAAAAGUAGUUCAAUACGCAGUAAUGCUAUGUAGUAAUUACUGUAUUUACGAAUUUAGCACCAAAAUAUUACGAUAUAUUGAAAACAUUGACUACAAAAAUGCGUUGGAUAAUCCAGAACGUUGGAUAAGCGAAUGUUGAAUAAGUGAGACUCUACUGUACUGAAAUGAUGUUUCCAGCCUGAGAUCCCAUCCUCAAUUCUCAUUUACCUUCUGUAAGUGAUCUCUGGUCGAAGCCAGAGCAUUUUGGGCUGCAACUCAAUAUACAUUUAGCUGAAUUUAAGUCCAGCAAUAUUCAGUGGAACUUAUAUCUGAGUAAACUUGUACACGAUUGUAGUUGCACUUAUGUCAUUGUGUUUGCAUGAUAUUUUGAGCCCAACUGGAUUAUAAGCAAUAGAUACUAGAGGUCUGUAUGAUUUUUUUUCCCUUUGUUUCCUUCGUGCUAGCGUUUCGUUUUGACUGUUUGUCUACACAAAACGAAUGAUGACAUUUUCGUAGGAAACGAGAGGUGACACGAAAAUAAAAACCCCACAAUCAUCA